UGGAACACAUAAAAGGGUGCAAGGCUGUCGAGAUGGUUAUUUGCGCCAAAACUUUGCAUACAGACAUACAACGGCGUUGCGCGCUAAAUUCAGAACCAUGGAGAGCUCCAGACUGAAGACGCGCAUGGCUGUGUGCGCGCUUCUGAUCUGCUUGUUGACCGGAGCCAAAGCGAACGAGUCAGAGCCAGAGAUAGAGGUGGAACUGGACACAAGAGCCAUCAGAGACUUCUACCCCAAAGACCCAAACCUGACAAGUGAAAAACAGCUUCUCGGGGCUCUGCAAGAAGUUCUGGAAAAGCUGCAGACGAAACGAAUUCCACCUUGGGAGAAGAAAUUUGGUCAAGUUCCCAUGUGUGAUUUGGGGGAGCAGUGCGCGAUCAGAAAAGGCUCUCGAAUCGGCAAGAUGUGCGACUGUCCGCGCGGGGCUUUCUGCAACUUUUUCUUGUUAAAGUGUUUGUGAUGGAAGCACACGAUUCUGAAUGGAUUGUAAUGGGAUUGAGUCUAUAUGCAUUAUAUAAUAAAUAUCUACAGUUUGAUUUAUAUUAAUAUUUUUUUAAGUGAAGAGACUGAAGACACUGAAGCAAAGUUGUAAAGAAAUUGUUCUUCAAAUAUUUGCUUGAUGUAAACGUGAUACUGUCAUAUUUAAUGUUA